AUGGCCGCAAACACCACGUUGCCCGGAGAAAGCGGCAUUUCAAGCGGCCACGCCAGCCAAGCCAGCGCCUCUUUUCCGGCAGAGGUGAAUGGGACCAAUGUAAAUUCUGCGUCUUCCUCCCCCGAGCCAGGAGCCAGCGGCGGUGAAGCAGCCGAGAUCCCUACAGAAGAAGCAGACAUUUCGGUCAGCGCCACAAACUCUUUGCACGCCUCUCCGGAAAACAGGACAGUGGCCACGACCCCGGCGGGAGAAGCGGUCGCCACGUUGGCCUUGUUCUACUCCAGCCCAACAGACCCUCGCCCGACCCUCUUCUCACAUUCCGAGCUGGAGGGAACGAGAUCGGUCCCUGGCGCGUCCUCCGGGGUCACCACCUCCUCUCCUCUCUCCGCAGCUACUGAGGACUGGACAGCCACCCCCGGCACUGGAUGGGGGCCAGAGGACUUGGCAUCCCCUGGCACUGCUGUGUCCCAUGGACCACCUCUUUCUCCGUCGGUGGGAGAGAUGGAGUCAAGUCCUGCGGCGUUCCUGUCUCCUGCUGCCUCUCCCGCUGAGGCCCCCGUCUCAGAGACCGAAAGCCCAGGGCAGGAUGGAGCUAGUGCUCCGGAAUCCCCAGAGCCACCUUCAGAGAGCGAGACAGGACGAGGAACAUCCGCACCGGCCGGGGAAACAUCCCCACCUGCCUUUGUAGCUGGGUCACUGGGACCCGCAGAGACUGAGGGAGCGGGGCUCUCCCCAAGUGCAUUUCCCAGCGUUACCGGGUCCCAUCCUCUGGCUUCAGAGAGCGAGACAGUUACUGCCCGUGCAGCUCCGGAAGGAAGAGGGGAUGCGGGGAAGUCCGUGUCCGCCACAAAGGAGGAAACCCCACUAUCGGUGCUCGAUACCCAGAGCCGAACAAAUCCCUCGCCCUCCGGCGCAGCGCAGAGUCCGGCUAACACAGAGGCGCUACCGGCAGGAGAUCCGGGGGCUUUGUCCAGCGCCGAAACUUCCCCUCGUUCCUUUCCAGAGCCUGGGACGGUGACAGCCAGACCUACGCUGUCCGGAGAAACGGCCCCGUCUCCCGGGGACAUCCCUGCCGAGCCGUCCGUUUCAGAGAGGGAAAGUCCGGGAUCCUCCUCGGCCGGAUUCUCCGGUGCUCCCGGUUCUCCCCAGCCCCCUCCAGACGCUGCGGGAGGGACAGCACCUGUCGCUCCUGGGGCGGGAGAGGAAUUGGCAAACUCUGCCCACGCCAGUGUGAAGGGAACGCCCCGCGCCCCAUCAGCCCUGGAGUCCGCGGCCCCUGCUGCAGCUGCCGAAGGUCCUGGAGGAGCAACUGUUUCUGGCGGCUUUGCCAGCGGGGUCGCGGCACCCUCCAGUGCCGAGCUAGCAGCCACCGAGGCCGCCACCACAUCUCACGCGGGCACCCGGAGCGAAACAGACCCCUCGCCCCAGCGCGCAGAGCCCAGCCCAGCUCCCACGGGCGAGCUGCCGACAGGAGAACCUGGAGCGUUGGCUUCUCCUCAGCCAUCCUCGGCUGGGGACACCGCGCUGGCCCCCGCACUCGCAGGAAACGGAGGGGCUACGGCUAGUCCGGUGUCGGGGGUGCCUGGAGAAACCCCGAUUUCCAACCCCGAUCUCCAGAGUGCAACAAAUCCCGCCGUCCCGGAGCGGAGUCCCGGGGGCGCACCAGAGGUGCCUGCCUUGGCCAGCGCCGACGCAUCCCCUCCUGCGCCCUUAGGAGACGGGACCGUGCCAGGCAGACUCGCUCCAGCGCGACUAACAUCCCCACCUGCCUUUGCCUCUCUCCGCGGAGCCCCGGCUGAGCCUGACACAACGGGCGAUGCCACAAACGGAUUGUCCGGGGCUCUCGGCGCUGCCCGUCCAGCCCCUGCGAGGGAGGCGUCUGCAGCCAACGAGGGCACGUCCGCGCCCGUCUUUGGAGCGCCUGGGGACCCAGCCUCUCUCCCCGCCAUCUCAGACUCACCGGCAGGCCCCGGCGCCGCGGGUUCUGCUCCUCCGUCCGCAGCUGGCGAGAGAGUGACCGUCCCACCUGUAGCUCCAGGAGGAAGAGGGGACGCGGCUGGUUCCGCAGCCGCAGCCAAGGAGGAAACCACCCCCUCUAACCCCGAUGCCCAGCACGCAGAG